GCCCGAUCCAGCCAGAGACUCCUGCAGGGUGUUCAUUCUGCCCAGUGCUUCCUGCUGACACUCGUGCAACAUUUCUGUCUUGAAAGGGCCCCGGGAGGAGAUAUUAUACGUGCCCUGCAUCUACAGGAACACCGGCAGGAACAAACCUGACUUUCUGGCCACUGUGGAUGUCAAUCCCAAAUCUCCAAACUAUUGCCAGGUGAUCCACCGCCUGCCUAUGCCCAACCUGGGGGACGAGCUGCACCACUCCGGCUGGAACACCUGCAGCAGCUGCUUCGGGGACACCACCAAGAAGAGGAACCGCCUGAUCCUCCCCAGCCUGAUCUCCUCCCGCAUCUACGUGGUGGAUGUAGGAACCGACCCGCGAGCUCCCAGGCUUUUUAAGGUUGUCAACCCAGAGGACGUCUUCUGGAAGUGUAACCUGGGCUACCCCCACACCUCCCACUGCCUGGGCAGCGGUGAAAUCAUGAUCAGCACCCUGGGAGACCCGGCUGGCAAUGGGAAAGGUGGCUUUAUUCUGCUGGAUGGAGAGACCUUUGAGAUCAAGGGGAACUGGGAGAAGGGGGACAAGAGCCCCCCAAUGGGUUAUGACUUCUGGUACCAGCCGCGCCACAAUGUCUUGAUCAGCACUGAAUGGGGAGUCCCGAAAUGCCUGGGAUAUGGGUUUGACCCAAACGAUCUGAAGAAAGGGCGCUAUGGACGCCGCCUCAACGUGUGGGACUGGACCACUCACACCUACGUCCAGGCCAUCGACGUGGGCGAGGACGCGGCGCCCCUGGAGAUCCGCUUCCUCCACAACCCGGACGCCGCCGAGGGCUUCGUGGGGUGCACCAUCAGCAGCGCCAUCCACCGCUUCUACAGGACCGAGCGAGGAGGCUGGGCGGCCGAGAAGGUGAUCCAAGUCCCCAGCAAGAAGGUGGAGGGGUGGCUGCUCCCGGACAUGCCAAGCUUCAUCACCGACAUCCUCAUCUCGCUGGACGACAGGUUCCUCUACUUCAGCAACUGGCUGCACGGAGACGUCCGCCAGUACGACAUCUCCGACACCCACAGGCCCAGGCUGGUGGGACAGGUCUUUGUGGGUGGCAGCAUCACCAAGGGAGGGACCGUGACCGUGUGUGGGGACGAGGAGCUGCAGAGCCAGCCGGAGCCCUUUGUCAUCCAGGGCAGGAGGGUGUCUGGGGGGCCCCAGAUGAUCCAGCUCAGCCUGGACGGGAAGCGGCUGUACGUCACCACGUCCCUCUACAGCGCCUGGGACCGGCAGUUCUACCCGCAGCUCAUCAGGGACGGCUCUGUCAUGCUGCAGCUCGAUGUGGACACAGAGAAGGGCGGCCUGACCGUCAACCAGAACUUCUUGGUGGAUUUCGGGAAGGAGCCGGGCGGGCCCUGCCUGGCACACGAGAUCCGCUACCCCGGCGGGGACUGCACCUCCGACAUCUGGGUGUAGCAGCCCCAGGGCUGGCACGCAGCCGCCCUUCACUUCCUUCCCCUCUCAUGGAUGCUCUCCCCAAAUCUCGGCUUUGCCAUUGGCCUGACCUCCCGCAGUGCCUUCGACACUUAGGGCACAAUGGGAUGGCAAACCUGGAGAUCCCGCUGCUGUCCGUGUUCAAAAGCCCUCCUCCCUGCCAGUGCCACCGAAAUCCCACAUCCUGCACCCUGCACCCUGCAUCCCCUGUUCUGCAUCCUGCAUCUCACAUCUCUCACCCUGCAUCCCACAUCCCCUAUCCUGCAUUUCACAUCCCACAUCUGACAUCCUGCACCCCCUAUCUUGCAUGCAGCUUCCCACACCCUGCAUCCUGUAUCCUGCAUCCCAAAUCCUGCAUCCUGCCAGCAGCCCGUUCCUGGAGCACGACAGACACUUGCACGCUGCGCUGCUGCCCCCAGAACGCCUCAGUGCCAAAAAUCCCAGGGCACAGGAGAGGAUGAAGUGCUCAUCCCCUCAGUGCCCCAUGGCUGGGCACUGCUGAAAUAAAACAGACGUCUCUGCGCUGCA